GGAAGGGUGAACGUGAGGGGUAGACUUGAGGGAAGAUCUUGCGGGUGAACCCGAGGGCGGAACGCGAGGGAUAGUGAGGGGGGAUGUCGAGGCGGGAACUGAGGAAUGAAUUUGAGGAGGGAACCGGAGGCGUGAAACGGAAGGGAAACAGGAGGAGGGAACAGGAAGAGUGGACGUGAGGGGUGAAGGAAGAUCUUGAGGCGUGAACUUGGGAAAGAAACGAAAGGAGACGACCUCGAAGGGCCCAGGGCCCCAGUGCAGCCUGAACACAGUAUUCUAAAUCUUGCUGUCUCCGUAUCAUUAUGCGUUAUUUUCAAGCUUUUCUAAAGGUAUUUAAACCUUUGAGAUGUUUCCAUUAAUUGGAAAAACAAUCAUCUUUGAUAACUUUCCUGAUCCUUCUGAUACAUGGGAAAUCACUGAGACAAUUGGCAAAGGAACUUAUGGGAAAGUUUUUAAAGUAUUGAAUAAGAAAAAUGGCCAAAAAGCAGCAGUCAAAAUUCUGGAUCCCAUUCAUGAUAUUGAUGAAGAGAUUGAAGCAGAAUAUAACAUCUUAAAAUCUCUUUCUGACCACCCUAAUGUGGUUAGAUUCUAUGGGAUAUAUUUUAAGAAGGAUAAAGUAAAUGGAGACAAGCUGUGGUUGGUUCUUGAGCUGUGCAAUGGCGGAUCAGUGACUGACCUUGUGAAAGGAUUUCUGAAGAGGGGUGAAAGAAUGAGUGAGCCUCUAAUUGCCUAUAUUUUACAUGAAGCACUAAUGGGACUUCAACAUUUGCAUAACAACAAAACUAUCCACAGAGAUGUGAAAGGAAAUAAUAUUCUGUUGACCACUGAAGGCGGAGUGAAACUAGUAGAUUUUGGUGUGUCUGCACAGCUCACCAGUACCCGGCAUCGUCGGAACACAUCCGUAGGAACACCAUUUUGGAUGGCUCCUGAGGUGAUUGCGUGUGAACAGCAAUUGGAUACCACUUAUGAUGCCAGAUGUGACACUUGGUCCCUGGGUAUUACAGCCAUUGAGCUGGGUGAUGGAGAUCCCCCACUAGCUGACCUGCAUCCAAUGAGAGCACUCUUCAAAAUACCAAGGAAUCCACCCCCAAAACUAAGGCAGCCUGAGCUAUGGUCAGCAGAAUUCAAUGACUUCAUAAGCAAGUGCUUGACUAAAGAUUAUGAAAAGCGUCCAACAGUGUCAGAUCUUUUACAGCAUAAAUUUAUUACUCAAAUUGAGGGCAAAGAUUCGAUGUUACAAAAACAACUAAUGGAAUUUAUUGGCAUCCAUCAAUGCAUGGGAGGCACAGAAAAGGCCAGGUGUGCCAGAGGCUUGGAGCCCCAGGCUGCAAGGUGCCAGUUCACCUGUGACGUGUGGUGGCAGCAACUACUUCAGUGUUCAGGAGACCUGAGGCCCCCUGAAGGCAGGGCUAAUAACAGAACCUUGCAAGAGAAGAUUUUACAAGUAAACAAUUUGGUAGAAGCCUUUGGCAAUGCCAGCACUAUUAUAAAUGACAAUUCUAGCCGAUUUGGAAAAUACUUAGAAAUGAAAUUCACCUCUUCAGGAGCUGUUGUGGGAGCACAGAUUUCCGAAUAUCUCCUGGAAAAAUCCCGAGUUAUCCACCAAGAUAUUGGAGAAAAAAAUUUUCAUAUUUUUUACUACAUUUAUGCUGGUUUAGCUGAAAAGAAGAAACUAGCCCAUUACAAACUUCCUGAAAAUAAGCCUCCCAGGUACCUACAAAAUGACCACCUCAGAACAGUACAUGACAUCAUGAAUAAUAGUUUCUAUAAAUCUCAGUAUGAAUUAAUUGAGCAAUGUUUCAAAGUCAUAGGUUUUACAAUGGAGCAACUUGGAAGUAUAUACAGCAUACUCACUGCAAUCUUGAAUGUUGGCAACAUUGAAUUUUCUUCUGUAGCAACUGAACACCAGAUUGACAAGAGCCACAUUUCUAAUCAUACAGCCCUGGAGAACUCUGCUUCUUUGCUUUGCAUUCAGGCAGAUGAGCUACAAGAAGCUCUCACCUCCCACUGUGUGGUCACUAGAGGAGAAACAAUUAUUCGACCCAACACUGUAGAAAAAGCUACUGAUGUCAGGGAUGCCAUGGCUAAAACUUUAUAUGGACGUCUUUUUAGUUGGAUAGUCAAUUGCAUUAACAGUUUGUUGAAGCAUGACUCAUUACCAAGUGAGAAUGGUGAUGAGCUGAGCAUUGGCAUUCUUGAUAUAUUUGGCUUUGAAAAUUUCAAAAAAAAUUCCUUUGAGCAGCUGUGCAUUAACAUUGCAAAUGAACAAAUUCAGUAUUAUUAUAAUCAACAUGUGUUCGCAUGGGAACAGAAUGAAUACCUAAAUGAAGAUGUGGAUGCUAGAGUUAUUGAAUACGAAGAUAACCGGCCCCUUUUAGAUAUGUUUCUGCAAAAGCCAAUGGGUUUACUUUCCCUACUUGAUGAAGAAAGUAGAUUUCCCAAGGCCACUGACCAGACUCUUGUAGAAAAAUUUGAAGGUAACCUGAAAUCACAAUACUUCUGGAGACCCAAAAGAAUGGAACUUAGUUUUGGAAUUCACCAUUAUGCAGGAAAGGUCCUCUAUAAUGCAAGUGGAUUCUUAGCUAAAAACAGAGACACUCUUCCAACUGAUAUUGUGCUACUUUUGAGGUCAUCUGACAACAGUGUAAUUCGGCAACUAGUCAACCACCCUCUGACAAAAACAGGUAAUCUGCCACAUUCUAAAACUAAAAAUGUUAUAAACUAUCAAAUGAAGACUUCAGAAAAAUUAAUCAAUCUGGCAAAGGGCGACACUGGAGAAGCCACACGUCAUGCCAGAGAGACAACCAACAUGAAAACACAAACAGUUGCAUCAUAUUUUAGAUAUUCCCUGAUGGAUUUGUUAUCUAAAAUGGUGGUAGGCCAACCUCAUUUUGUCCGUUGCAUCAAGCCAAAUAAUGAACGUCAGGCAAGAAAAUAUGACAAAGAGAAAGUUCUACUACAGCUUCGGUACACAGGAAUUCUGGAAACAGCGAGAAUUCGAAGGCUAGGAUUCUCCCAUCGAAUACUUUUUGCUAACUUUAUAAAGCGGUACUAUGUUCUGUGCUACAAGUCAAGCGAGGAGCCCCCCGUGAGCCCUGACACCUGUGCCACAAUUUUGGAAAAUGCUGGUCUUGAUAACUGGGCUCUUGGAAAAACAAAAGUGUUCCUUAAAUAUUAUCAUGUGGAAGAGUUAAAUCUAAUGCGAAAGGAAGCUAUUGACAAGCUUAUUUUGAUUCAAGCUUGUGUCAGAGCAUUCUUAUGUUCAAGAAGAUACCAAAAAAUACAGGAGAAAAGGAAAGAAAGCGCUAUAAUAAUACAGUCAGCUGCAAGAGGACACCUUGUCAGGAAACAAAGAAAAGAAAUUGUUAAUAUGAAAAACACAGCAGUAACAGCCAUUCAGACUUCCAAUGAGGAGUUUGACUACAAGAAAAACUUUGAAAAUACAAGGGAAUCUUAUGUGAAGAAACAAACAGAAAAUGCAAUCUCUGCUAAUGAAAGAUUCAUUUCAGCUCCAAAUAAUAAAGGAAGUGUAUCGGUAGUAAAGGCUUCCACUUUCAGACCUGAAGAGGAAACCACCAGUGCUGUGGAGAGUAACGACAGAGGGUAUCAGACUCCAAAAAAAGUGAAUAAUGCAUAUAAGGAAGAGGUUAAGCAAGAAUUGUACCUUGUAGGGCCAGAAGUAAGCCCCAAACAGAAGUCUGUCAAAGACCUGGACGAGAACAGCAAGCUAAGGAAAGUGGAGAAAGAGGAGGCUAUGAUCCAGAGUAACUGUCAGAACUACACAGAGGAGAGGAAUUGUGAAGAGUCAAAAGCAGCGUAUCUAGAAAGGAAGGCCAUAUCAGAAAGGCCAAGCUACUCAGGGCCUUGGUUAGCAGAGAAUGAGACUUCCUUUAAAAGAACUUUGGAACCUACACUUAGCCAAAAGUCAAUUUAUCAAAAUGCAAAUGUGAAGGAAAAAGAAAAGACGACAUCUGUAGUUACCCAGAGUGCACCGACAUGCGGCCAGGAGGGAGGCCAUCUGAGGCAUGAGACAGUCAAAGAGAGGCAAUUUCAGCCAGUGACACAGGCCCAGGAGGAAGAAGACAAAGCAGCGGUGUUCAUUCAGAGCAAAUACCGGGGUUACAAGAGAAGGCAGCAGUUGAGGAAGGAUAAGAUGUAUUCUUUUAAGCAUCAGAGGAUUGUCACAGCACAAACAGAAGUAGCAAGAAACACUCAUAAUUUGUAUUCCUAUCCCACAAAACAUGAGGAAACCUAUGAUAUCAAGAUAAAGGAUGAUAAAGACUUGAAAGCGACUUCAGAGAAAGAAGCAUGUGAUUUGGCAAUUUUUUCAAAACAGAUAUCAAAGUUAUCUGAAGAAUAUUUCAUUCUACAGAAAAAAUUGAAUGAAAUGAUUUUGUCACAGCAACUGAAGCCACUUUAUCUGGGUGUCUCGCACCGUGAGCCAAUUAACAGACGAGUUUCUCCUCAGCAGUGCCUCUCAGGUAUCUCUAAAGGAGAAGAGCCAAAAAUAUUGAGACCCCCAAGACGACCCCGGAAACCCAAAACAUUAAAUAACCCUGAAGACUCCACAUACUAUUAUCUACUACAUAAGUCAAUCCAAGAAGAAAAACGAAGGCCAAGGAAAGACAGUCAGGGAAAAUUAUUAGAUUUGGAAGAUUUCUAUUAUAAGGAAUUUUUGCCCAGUCGUUCUGGACCAAAGGAACAUAGACCUAGUUUAAGAGAACGAAGACCACGGCGAGAACUCAAGAAUCAAUGUAUUAAGGCUAAUGAAAGGUGCUGGGCGGUGGAGAGCCCCGAGGAGGAGGAGGAGGAGGAGGAGAAGGAGGAGAAGGAGGAGGAGGUAGAGGAGAGAGGGCCAGCAGCCAACCCAUACGACUUCAGGAGGCUCCUGCGCAAAACGUCCCAGCGCAGGCGCCUCGUCCAGCAGUCCUAGCCGCGCGAGGUAGACCCCGCGGUCGGAAGCCGCUCGAGCCUGCAGGGCAGCAGGGGCCAAGCGGGCAAGAUGGUGCUGGCACCAGUAGGCACUGAAGCUGCGGCCCUGAUCUCCACAGGGUCUGCCUGCUGCGCUUGGCCCUCGAGUGCCCGGACCAGCCUUCCUGUGCUCCGGAAGAAGAGACCUGGGAGCCCUCGGAAAACCUCCUCUGACGCCCUCUCUCCGAACUCCCGCACCCUCCUUUCUCACCAGCCCGCCAGUUGGGACAUCCGUGUCCUUGUUCCCCUAAUCUAUCUCUUUGCUCCUUUUUUUGUGUGUGACGACUCCUGCGGACUCCAGGGCGCUUGGAAUUUCGCCAACCCCUCUCUCAUUUGGGGUGAAUUCACAGAUUUCUUUUUUCUUGGAAACGGCUUUCACCAGCCCACAGAACACUCGCUAGCGCUUGAAUCGUAGAGAUAAAAGCCCGGGAGGGGUAGGGAGAAUUACGAAGAUGAACUUCAUCUCAAACUUGGCUCUUUCUCUUGCUUUGGUUAUUAAGGUUACUAAAUAAAGGAAGUGCCUUGGAAAGUCCGUG